AUGGCCGGUAUGCAUGCUAAUGCGUACAUGUAUGUAUAUGAGAAGAAUAACAUCUUGACACCGUAUGCCCACCUAAUACAAGGACAAUAUCGCUUCAUCGAUGACUUGUUAAUUAUCUGGAAGGGCACGCCAGAAGAAGCAUACACUAUGGUUGAAGAUUUGAAUAGACUACAAACCCCAAUUACAUUAACAGCAAACAUCAGCCCCGAUAAAGUUCAAUACCUGGAUGUUGAAUUAUCUAUUGGGAAGAAUAACAUUGAGCAUUGCCUUUACACAAAGGCCACGUAUCGAAACACUUAA